UUAUUAUAAUUCCGCAGUUAUUAAUGGUAGUGAUCCUGAACACAGAAAUGUAUCUGGAUGGAAGCAAUGCCGAAGCGAAUCUCGACGCUUUAAUGAUGACCGGAUGCGGUAUUUUAGCAGUGUCGAAGGUGACGUGUUUCCGUCUCUACUCUUCGAGAUUGAUCAUCAAUUUUUCUUCGGCUGCGAAAGAUUACAACGAGCUCGACAACGACAAUGAGAAACGAACGAUCAUGCGACGGCACGCGUACAUGGCUAAAGUAACGCUUAUCAGUCUCGUAUUAUCCUCAAAUUGCUGUGCAGCUAUUUUUGCCAUUUUGCCUGUGUUGCUAAGAAACGUAGAGGAGAGCAACGUGACUAUGGAAGAGACAGUAAUAUACCCUAUGCCUUCGGCACACGUUAUAGAACUGGUAAAUUUUCCAAAGAAUCUGCAAAUAAUCAUUUUCAUUACGGAAUUCUUGAUGUUGGUGGUAACCAGCGUGGGAAACCUUGGCAGCGAUGGAUUUUUCUUUGGUAUCGUGUUUCACCUGUGCGGUCAAGCGGAGGUGUUGAAAAUGGAGUUUAGCAGAGUGGUUGAUGGAAACGGAAAAGUUGUGAAGAAUUUUCACCUGUUACUAAAGAGGCACAUCUAUUUAUUGAAACUGGGAGAGAUGCUAAGCGACACCAUCAGCGUGAUCUUGGCCAUACAGCUGUCGACUAGUUGUAUACUUAUUUGCACUUGCGGAUUUCAGUUUCUCGUCGUUUUACAAGAUGGAAAUACCAUGUUGUCGGCGAAAACAUUGUUCGUAUUAAACGCCCUGAUGAUACAACUGUUCGCAUUUAGUUACGUGGGUGAUUACUUGAAGUGCCAAAUGGAUAGUAUCGGAUACUCUUUGUACAAGUGCGGCUGGUACAUGCUUCCAUCGAACGUGGCUAAGAAUAUUACAUUCGUGAUACUAAAAGCACAGAAACCAAUGCAUCUGAUGGCUGGAAAGUUCUUCGUCGUCAAUCUGGAGGGUUUUAUGAGCAUUCUGAAGACUUCGAUGUCGUAUCUGUCGGUACUCCGCGUGAUGAUAAACACAUGAUUCUUCUGUGUUAGUUGUCGAACAUGGGCUUUGGGCACUCGAGGUAUUUCAAUUAAAAGAAGUAAGUGCGGUAAUCUAGUGAUUUAAGGAGCAGCUAUGUAAACGUAAUAAAGUAUAACCGCGAAUCGUGGCUUUUCUAAUCUUCAAAACGGUCUUAAGUCGUCACGAAGGCUUGGAAAUUACAAUAGCGGUAUAAUAAAGCAGACGUUAAGUAUAGUGAAUUCGUUUGCAACCGGUGAUUGCAAAAUUUGUCUCCUUGAAAGCGGCAACAAGAAUAGCACGGUAUUGACCCAGUAUCAGGUUCUCCACGCUUUUGGAUACAUUUCAAAGGUCGAUUACGUGAAACCAGAAAUAUUUGUUCGACGCUGGAUCAAUGGAAGGGAAAAACAAAAAUCGACGUAAACUUACUUGGUACGCUGAAUCUCACUAUUUUCGGAGCCUCGCGAUUCGGAUAAACUGUACGUUUUUCGCACAGGUAACAUUUCCGUUCGUAGAAGUAUGCAAAUGUCCUAAAUCCGCUCAUUUCGGUAAACGAAUAUCGUCCUAGCCGUUAGAAAAAAAACAA